AUGGCUAUCAUGAGAACUGGCUUUUUGGGCAUAAUCGUUUCUAUCUACAACAUCGGCUGCUUGCUAGGCUGUGCCUUGAAUUUCUUCUAUGGAGCCCAAUUUGGACGACGACAAGCGAUAUGGAUUGCGAUGGGGUGUAUUAUCGCCGGCGCCAUACUGCAGACUUCAGCGUUCUCAGUUGCGCAACUGAUGAUCGGAAGAAUCAUAACUGGCAUGGGAGUUGGAAUUGACACUUCAACGGUACCAACCUAUCAGGCGGAACUUUGCAAGGCUGAUAGAAGAGGACGUUUAGUUACUACAGAAGUACUAUUCACUGGUCUUGGUGUCACCAUAGCAUACUUUUUCGAUUACGGCAUGAGCUUUGUCGAUGGUCCCCUUGCAUGGCGCUUCCCCAUUGCUUGCCAGAUAAUCUUCGCGUUUGUAAUCAUAAUUUUGAUCUUCGGCCUCCCAGAAACACCACGUUGGCUCAUCCAGCAAGGCCGAGUUGACGAAGCGGUGGAAGUCAUGAGCAAAGUUUUCAAUGCGCCUAACACAGACCCGUUUAUUGUUGCAGAGAAGGAGGCUAUCCUGAACGCUUGGGCGGGUAUCAAUGUCAUCGUCUUCUACGCUCCUACAGUGCUAGAGACAAAUGUUGGCCUCGCAAGAAAUACAGCUCUCGUAGUCGGUGGUUGCAUCAACCUUGCCUUUGUUGUUGGCUCCUUGGUCCCCGCACUCGGCUCGGAUAAAUGGGGAAGGAAGAAGCCCAUGAUGUUUGGCGCUUUCGGAAUGGGACUGUCGAUGAUGAUGGUUGCGAUUCUGCUCUCGUUCAAUGGCACAGCUAAGGCGCACACCACCUCCCAAGCGUCGAUUGCUUUCUUCCUUACUUUCAUGCUGUGCUUCGGUGCGAGCUUAAAUGCUAUUCCCUGGUGCUACAGUGCUGAGAUUCUACCCUUGAGAGUCAGGGCGCAAGGGACAUCGUUAGCCGUGAUGAACAAUUGGCUCUGGGUUUUCGUCAUUGUCAUGGUCACUCCCACAAUGAUCGCAAACAUCACCUGGAAGGCAUACCUUGUGUUCAUGGCUUGUAACUUUGCUUUCGUGCCCAUGAUCUACCUCCUCUUCCCCGAGACUAAGGGGCUUUCACUUGAAGAGAUAGACUAUCUUUUCUUGAAACAGGAUAGACUUUCGCUAGAGGAUGCUCAUCAGCAAGGGAAUAGUGCCAACAAUUCUCUGGCUAAUAGCAAGAUGGAAGAAACGGCUCAACUCGAUAUGGUAGAGAAAAUUUAG